AGCAUACACCAACUCAUAGCACAAAAUCAGUUUCCAAAAUGAAGUCUCUUCUUUACUCUAUGUCUACAUUAGUUUUUGUUGUUCUCUUCUCAUUGCCAUGGGCAACUUCAGCUGAUACGCAUGAGAAUUUUCUUCAGUGCCUUUCUUCACGUCAUUCUGAAGACACAUCUUCCAUUUCUAAAGUUAUUUACACAGAAAGCAAUUCAUCUUAUUCCUCUGUUUUGGAGUCUACAAUUCAUAAUAGUAGAUUCUCAACCCCAACUACACCUAAACCUUUGGUUAUUGUAACACCAUUGCAUACUUCUCAUAUUCAAGCAGCAAUUUAUUGUUCAAGAAAAUAUGGGUUCCAAAUUAGAAUUCGUAGUGGUGGUCAUGAUUUCGAAGGUCUUUCUUAUGUUUCUGAAGUUCCAUAUAUCAUUGUUGAUUUGGUUAACUUUCGAUCAAUUGAUGUGGAUGUAGAAAAUAAAGUGGCAUGGGUUCAAUCAGGUGCAAUUACCGGAGAAUUGCAUUACAGAAUUGCCGAAAGGAGCAGAAGUCUUGCCUUUCCAGGUGCUCUCGGCCACACUGUGGGAAUUGGAGGAUAUUGUAGUGGAGGAGGUUACGGCUUACUGUUUCGGAAAUACGGUCUUGCAGCAGAUAAUAUAAUUGAUGCACAAUUUGUUGAUGUUAAUGGGAGAGUUCUUGACAGAAAAUCGAUGGGAGAAGAUUUGUUUUGGGCCAUUCGAGGAGGUGGAGGGGGUAGCUUCGGUAUUGUCCUUGCAUGGAAAGUAAAGUUGGUUCCUGUUCCAACCACUGUGACUGUAUUCUCAGUCAGCAAGACCUUGGAACAAAAUGCGACCCAGCUUCUUCAUCGUUGGCAAUACGUUGCACCCAAGCUUCCGUAUGAUAUAUACUCUGUCGUUACAGUAGUGAGGGUGAAUUCGAGUCAACAGGGGAAGCAGACGAUUUUAGCUUCCUUUAAUUCCUUGUUUCUUGGUGGAGUAAAUGAGCUUAUCCCAUUGAUGCAAGAGAGAUUUCCUGAGCUUGGACUUGUUGAAGAAGACUGCACCGAAAUGAGUUGGAUUGAGUCUCUUCUCUAUCUUGGCCAACUUCCAAAUGAAACCAUAGAUAUUUUACUUGACAGGAGUUACAGGAGUCCUCUUCUUAGUACUUCCUUCAAAUCAAAAUCUGAUUAUGUGAAAAAACCUAUUCCUGAAAUUGCUUUCAAGGGGAUAUGGUCCCAACUUUUCGAGGAAGAAGCACAAGAUGCUAGUUUAAGUUUUAUUGCUUAUGGAGGCAAAAUGGAUGAAUUUCCAGAGACUGCGACACCAUUCCCGCAUAGAGCUGGCAACUUGUACAAAAUCGUAUAUAACGUUGGCUGGCAAGAAGAAGACAACGUAAAUUCUCAAAGGUAUAUAAGCUGGAUAAGGAAACUUUACAGGUACACGAGCUCCUUUGUUUCGAAAUCUCCACGAGAAGCGUAUGUUAAUUAUAGAGAUCUUGACAUCGGAAUGAAUAACAAAGGUAACACAAGUUAUGCACAAGCAAGAGUUUGGGGUCGUAAAUAUUUUAAGAAUAACUUUGACAGGUUAGUAUCUGUUAAGACAAUGAUUGAUCCAGAGAACUUCUUCAGAUAUGAACAAAGUAUCCCUCCUUCAUUUUUUUAAUUGCAGAAGAUCACGUCAUGAGUGGAAUAUAUAGCCUGAUAAAUUAUGUACCAUUAAUACACUUUGCUUUAUAAUUAUAAGUGUUAUUUGGAAUAAAAUUUUAGCCUUUGUUUCUCCAAAUUUCUAUUCAAUAAAAGGAGACC